UGUAGCUGGUCCCCAGAGAUGGUUUAUGAGAUUUUAGUGGGUUUUAAAUGGAAGCUGGGGGACGUGAAGAGGAAGAACGAUAUGAAUAUUUAAUAAUUAGUGGAGCAGAUGAACUGAAAGAGGGAGGAGGAGGAAAACUGCGAAGCUCCAUCACUUCCGCACCAUGUGAGACACCGGGACUCGAGCUCAUUUGCUCCCGUUUGGACCUCGCAUCCUCCGGGGUGGAGCAGCAGCAGCCCCCGGUGCAUCCGAGGCUUUUACCGGGGCGUGGGGGGAAGAGCGUGAACAUGAGCGCGGACGUGUCGGUGUCUCUGUCGGUGCUCGUGGGCAUCAUCGUCCUGAGCGAGGCGACCCGCAGGUGCGUGACGCGGGCCCUCGCGGACACCGGGCUCUGUGUGUACGCGGUGGAGCUCGUGUCCACCUUCCAGUUGUGCUGCUGCACGCACGAGCUCAAGCUGCUGUCCGAAGUUGGCGGAAUCGAACCUCGUCUCGCGCUCACCUUCACGUACCUGGCGUCCGUGGUGCACGCGCUGACAUUCAGCGGGGCCAUCGGGAACCCCUCCGGUACGCUCGAGCACGCGUACCACGCGAGACUCUCCAGCGGCUGUGCGCUGCGGAGGAUCGCGUGCCAGUUCGCCGCGGCGGCGGCCGCGCGAGCCGCGGUGCCCGUGCUCUGGUCGAUGGGAUGGUCCGGUCUGCACGUGCGGCACAAGUUGCUCGGUUUCCAAUGCAUCAGCCCCAUUCACGCGCCCCUGCAUGAGGCCGCUGCGGUGGAGUCCGCGUGCGCCUUUGCGGUGCAGACCGCGAUUACGCACACGCGAUCGAUGGAGGAGAAAUACCGCGUGCACGCCGUGGCUGCGGUCAUCACAACUGCGGUUUAUACAGGUGGAAAAGUGACCGGAGCCGUGUUCAAUCCCGCCCUGGCCUUCUCCACCCAGUUCCCCUGCAGAGGAAGCUCCUUCCUGGACUACAGCCUGGUGUACUGGCUGGGACCUCUGCUGGGGAUGAUGAGCUCAGUGCUGCUGUUUGAUAAACUCGUCCCUGCUCUGAUGAGGAAGUCGUCGACUCUUCAUCUCCCACUGGACGUGAAGAAGGAAACAUGAACAGAGGAGAGGAAACGUAGGAGGCGACUGACAUGCACUUUUUUUUUUAGACUGGAUCAUUUAGGGAGACCUCACGUCUGAAGCACAUUUAAAAAUCAUAAUAAAUCACUUUUAUUUAUUUUUUCUUUACAUCUGAACAGAAUCAAUCUUAUAAUUAAAUAAAACCUGCAUGAGACGAUAUCAUGAUGUCACUGAAAACUGCACAACUAGUAUUUUAACUGCAAUAAUAUAUAAUAUAUUCUACACUGAGUCAGGUUUUAUUUUUAUGUGAUAAUUUAUUUAACUCCACUGUGGAAUAAAUAAACAUUAUCUAGUUUAACAUUAAAUUAUAACCAUGAUUUGUAUUUUAAAGUUAUUUUAAAGUGUGCACAUUAUUUGUGUUUAAACUAGACCCAGUGUAGCAUGAACUGUUUGUGAUUUAACUUAUUUUUCUGGAUUUAAUUACAUUUCUAACUGGAUUGUAUUUCUUUAAUUGUCUUAUGUGCCUGUUCUUUGUUUUUUUUAAGAGAAACUCAGAUUUUUAUUUGUGAAGCACUUUUGUAAUGUUGACUUGAAAAGUGCGAUAGAUAUAAAGACUUCUGUUGUUAGUGAUUCUCUGUAAAGUCAAAAUAAACUGAAAUCACAUAUUUA